GAGCAACUGGCAAAUUCUUGCCAUGACCUCUCCUGCCAAGCGCCGAAUUGUGCUGAAAGAUGGCGAUGGCAGAGUCUACGAUGUGCAAGUGAUGCAGGAUGCUGUGGGUUUCGACCUGCGUCGCAAAGCAAGGCCCAAGCUGGCUGAUGAUGAUCUUCGACUCGUGAAACUCCGCAAGGCAGACAACACGGACCUCGAGUUGGACAAAGUGGUGCCGCCUGGUGUCGGCAGCGACAUUGCGUCUGCAGUGAUGGUUGAAGUGGAAGGGCUCGUGGAAACGCAACAGGUUGAGCCUCCUAAAGAUGAGCUUUGCAAAUGGCUGGAAGAGGCUGUUGCUAUGGAGCCAAAGCCGAGCACUUGGGGCAGGACUGAAGACACUAAGGAGUUGACCUUCACCAACAAGAUAUUGGGCAACAAGGGUAUGGGCAAUGACCUAGUCGUUCGCGAGUGCUAUGUACAGAUGAACGAUGAGGCAAUGCAGUGGCUGAACAAAAAGACGGAGGACGACAAGAUCGGACUGUUUAUUGUGACAGGCACACCGGGAAUUGGCAAGUCCAUGUUCCUCGGCUUCAUGUUAGCCUUCCUUGCUGAAGAGCAGAAGUACCACAUCGUUGUCCAGCGUGGUAACAUGUGGUGGUCGCGACAGAUUGGUAGGAAAACCAUGGCUCACUAUGAAACCAAGCCUAUCAAGCUUCUUCAAAGUUCCCAAACCUUGCUGUUGGCAGAUCCUCAUGGAGGUGAUGGACGUGCGCAGAUAGAGCAACGUAGUGCAGGCUGCACCAUGGUUUUCACUUCACCAUCUAAGAAGAGCUAUGACACGCCAUACAAACAGCAAAAAGUUGAAAGCACUCUCCGCUACAUGCCUGUUUGGGCCUUGGAGGAGUAUUUGACACACAGAGAGAAGUUGUUUCCGCAUGUUUCUCACGAGCAGGUGAAACAAGCGCACUCACUGCUGGGUGGAAGUCUGCGUUGGUUACGAGAGCUGCUGAGCACCAAAGGUGACAUGUCGAAUGUCGCUCGUGAUUUGGUUCAGCAGAGUAUUCACAACUGCACCUAUGACAACCUUCAUCAAGCUGUGAAGAGUGUGCCAUCCGAUAUGCAAGUCGGAGAAAGCCUCAUGAGUCUGCUGUUGCAGAUUCAUUCUGUUUCUCCUUUUCACAAACCGACUACGAAGCUCAUUGAGUCAUCCGUUGUUAGUGAAGCGAUUCGUGAGAAGCUGGAUGCCCAAAGCAGAGAAGCACGUCCACGCUUCAUCAACGCAUGUCUGGACCUACCCGCACUCGGCACAUUUGUUGGAGACCUUCUCCAAGAUGAGGUGUAUCAGAAGCUCACGCAGUGUGACACGAAUUAUAUUCUGAAAUUGAAGUCGUUGUCUGAUCUUAAAACUUGUGAGUUACAGGUUCCGUGCCUUGUCAGGACACUCCACAGAAAAGAAGGCAAGCUAAUCUCCAAACAGCGUUUGCAGGUUGGCUGUUUGUAUUGCCCAAAGAGUAAGAUUUUCCCUGCCACGGAUAUCUUCUUUGUGAUGGAUCACAAUGGCAGUUUUGUGCUCUGCCUGUUGCAAAUUACCAAGAGGGACACCCACGACUGCAAGGUGGAGAAAAUGAAGGAUCAGUUUGUGGAUUAUUUCGAUCAGGAAACGGUGGACAAGGUCGACCUCAUUAAAUGGAUUGUUGUUACACCUACAAGCAUCGCGAAGAAGUACACUACAGUCCAAUCUGUUAAGGGCUCGUGGCAGAAGACAGCCACGAUGGCAGUCAAAGUAGAGCAAUACGUCUCUGCCUGGAAAGUCUGACAGAGCUCUGACUCCCGCCCUGCCGGGGAAAACGAGUUCUGUGAUGCUCUUCCUUUAGCGAGAGUGCAUCCUUGGCAUUGAGGCAUGGCUUUGAGCUUUCUCCAGGGAGCUUUUUCUCCAGCAAGCUUUCUCCAGAUAGUUUCUUUUUACUCCUUUUCUGCCCGGCCUGGAUGACAUGCUGGGUGUCUGAAUCAUUCUGAUGUGAACAUGCAAGCAAUGUGCUGCGCAAAAUAUGUCGUCGCGUGCUGAGUCAUCGCUGGCAGGCCGGAUCCCAUCAAACCGGAGUCAGCAUGGUGUUUGCAGGGUUUAAGGAAGUACAAUUCAAUGAAGUUGAAGGACAAUUUGGUCGACUCAUAAAAUGAAGAAGCCUGGAGGCAGCUAAAUCAUCAACCGAUUGCGUUGUCUCUUCGUGGGUCUUGCAGAAGUUGGUCAGCAAUUUAAGACCAUUAUUUUUCCCAGCACAAGCCCGG